AGACCUGAGGACGAAACGCAGCCCUUUCUCAGAGGAGAAAUAGGCCGAGGUUCACGAAGCCUCCAGGGGAGCCCUCCAGUCAGACACGGCUCCCACCCCCCGUCCCGCACGUCAUGCCAGGGAAGGACGCUCUGCGGUUGGCGCUGUCCGUGAUGCUGCUGGGGAUGGUGUUGGGAGGGAAUGUGUUGAUCUGGCCCAUGGAAGGCAGCCACUGGCUCAACGUGAAGAUCGUUCUAGGCAGACUGGUGGAGAGAGAGCACAGCGUCACUGUUCUGGUCGCCUCCGGCUCCCUCUUCAUCACACCCACCCCCGACUCCGCUCUCCAUUUCGAGGUGUAUCCCGUGGCCUUUGGGAAGGAGAGGCUCGAAGGAAUGAUCAAGUCGUUCGUCCUUACCUGGCUAGAGAACCGACCCACGUUGACCACCAUCUGGCGAUUCUACAGGGAGAUGACCAAGGUCAUCAUGGACUUCCACGAGGUGACCAGGGAGCUCUGCGACGGCGUGCUGGCCAACCGGGAGUUGAUGGAGCGGCUGAGGCGGGGCCGCUUCGACGUGUUGCUGUCGGACCCCGUGUUCCCCUGUGGGGACCUGGUGGCCCUGAAGCUGGGGAUCCCUUUCAUGUACUCUCUGCGGUUCUCGCCGGCCUCCACCUUGGAGAAGCACUGCGGGAAGAUGCCGUUCCCCGCCUCCUACGUGCCUGCCGUGCUGUCGGAGCUGACGGAUCGGAUGUCCUUCGGCGAGCGGGUCAAGAACGUCCUCUCUUACCACCUGCAGGACUACAUCUUCAACACUCUCUGGGCGCAGUGGGAUUCCUACUACAGCCAGAUUCUCGGCUGGGAGCUGGUCUCCUUCUGUUUCUCUUGGUGCGGGUGA